GUAAAUGAGCACCUGGCGGUGCCUGCUGCCCCGGCUGAGCAGCCCGGAGAGCAGGCGAUGUGGCCGGGGCUCACACUCACGGAGGAGCCGACACAGAGAAGGGUAUACCCCGUCUGUGUUCUAUAGAAGUCCCGAAAAAAGUCGAGUUUAGUGUCGCUAAAUUCAGCUUCGUAGUUUAGAGUUAAAGUGGAGUGCCGCUUCGUUACUCUGGAUUAUUUGGAGUCAUUCCGCGGACUUGUGUUUGUCUCAUCCCAAAGUUAGACGGCUGUCAAGGCACUCUUAUCCCGGGUUUUUAGGUAUGCCUGUGGCCAUUAGUGUAUCUCCAGACAGGUAACCACCAGGUGUGUUGCUGCUGUCAUGGGCUCAACAUCCACUUGGUUGUUUCCUGUCACUGUGGUCACAGCGCUGGCUGUACUCGUCUCGACAGAAGAGCAUGAAUGGCACUUUAACCCAGCUCAGUGUCGUUACGCCCUGGGGAUGGAGGAUGGCACCAUUCCAGACUCUGACAUCAGUGCCUCCAGCGCCUGGUCAGACUCCACUGAGGCCAAGCAUGGAAGGUUGAGCACCGGAGAGGGGGAUGGAGCCUGGUGUCCAGCAGGACCGGUCUUUCCAAGUGGAUCAGAAUAUCUUCAGAUCGAUUUGCACAAACUCCACUUCCUCGCUCUGGUUGGCACUCAAGGUCGCCAUGCCGACGGGCACGGCCAGGAGUUUACCCGCAGCUAUCGGCUCCGCUACUCCAGAGAUGGAGUGAAAUGGAUUACCUGGAAAGACCGCUGGGGGCAAGAGGUGGUGUCUGGCAACACAAACACACACGAGGUUGUGCUCAAAGACCUGGGCCCCCCAAUUGUGGCCCGCAUGGUCCGGUUCUACCCCCUCGCCGACAGAGUGAUGAGUGUUUGCCUCCGAGUGGAGCUCUAUGGUUGUGUGUGGAAUGAUGGGUUAAAAGCUUACACCGCCCCGGUGGGUCACGUCAUGCAGUUGCCUGGCCUGCCCGUGUAUUUAAACGACUCCAUCUACGAUGGAAGCACAGAACAAAGGAUGCAGUUCGGGGGCUUGGGUCAGCUUUGUGACGGAGUGUUGGGAGGAGACGACUUUACACAAACCAAGGAAUUGAGGGUGUGGCCCGGGUACGAUUAUGUCGGCUGGAACCGGGAAACCCUCGGGCAAAGCAGCGUGGAUAUUGAGUUCCACUUUGAGAAACCUCGACUCUUCAACAACAUGCAGGUUCACAGUAACAACCGACACACACAAGGCGUGCGAGUCUUCAGCAAAGUGGAGUGUCUCUUUAAGCCGGGCCUCCUGCAGCAAUGGUCCUCCCCUGGGCUCACUAAGCUCGUCCCGCUGGAGGAUCUGAAGGACCCCUCCUCACGACCCAUCUCCAUCCCUCUCGGCCACCGGCCCGCUCAGAUCCUCGGCUGCAAAUUCUACUUUGCAGACCGCUGGCUGCUGAUCAGCGAGAUAUCCUUCCUCUCUGAGCCGUUUGAGGGAGACGUUGAUUCAUUUUCCUACAAUCUCCCUAAGACUCCCGACACCACCUCCUCUGCUCCAGUUAAUGUCACCACUCCUGUUCCUACAUCAAGUUUCAGUUCCCCCAGCACCACUACAAGGCCCUCUGAAUCUACAGCCGUCACCCCGAGGGCGGGGCUUCCUGUGGCCAAAGAUGACAGCAGCAACACGGCCAUUCUGAUUGGCUGCCUGGUGGGCAUCAUCCUUUUGCUGCUGGCUGUGAUCGCCGUCAUUCUUUGGCGGCAAUACUGGAAAAAGAUCUUGGGCAAGGCCCAAGGCAGCCUGUCCAGCGACGAGCUCCGCGUUCACCUGUCGGUCCCCACAGACAACGUGGUUAUCAACAACACACACAGCUACUCAAACCGAUACCAGCGCAUACACACCUUCCCAGACGACCGGGACCAGGACAGAGACGGAGACGGGGAGUACCAGGAACCGAGCGCUCUGCUGAGGCCGCGCGAUCACAGAGACAGCACAACCUUGCUGUUAAACAACCCAGCCUAUCACGUGCUCCUCCCAGAUCACAGAAAGGGCUCCAGAGCUUUAGUCGUCCCCAGCUCCACACGGGCUCAGGAAAAGAGCCUCAAUGUCCCCCAGGCUUGCGGUUUGGACCUGGACAUGGAGAAGGGCUUCCCACCAACGCAGGAGGAGCCCCCUCCCUACCCCGGAUCCCCUCCUUACCCAUCUCUGUCUCCACCCGUUUCCCCUCCUCUUCCUCCCAGUGUUCCGCACUACGCUGAAGCAGACAUCGUCAGUUUGCAAGGUGUCAGCGGCAACAACACCUACGCCGUUCCUGCCUUGGCUUCCUCGAGCCCCGGGGCUGAUGCCGCCCCGUUGCCCGAGCUGCCCCGCCAGUGUCUCAUCUUUAAAGAGAAGCUUGGGGAGGGACAGUUUGGAGAGGUGCACCUGUGUGAAAUCGAGAACCCCCAGGACCUCCCCAGCCUGGAGUUCCCCUUUAAUGUGAGAAAAGGUCGCCCUCUUCUGGUGGCUGUGAAGAUCCUGCGUCCAGAUGCCUCCAAGAAUGCCAGAAACGACUUCUUGAAGGAGGUGAAGAUCCUGUCUCGUCUGAAAGACCCCAACAUCAUCCAGCUGCUGGGGGUGUGUGUGAGCAGCGACCCCCUCUGCAUGGUCACCGAGUACAUGGAGUGUGGAGACUUGAACCAGUACCUGUCCCAUCGAGUCCUUCUGGACAAAACCGGGCCUUCUCACAACGCGCCAACCAUCAGUUACCCGGCCCUCAUCUCAAUCGCCAGCCAGAUCGCAUCAGGAAUGAAGUUCCUCUCUUCCCUGAACUUUGUGCAUCGGGACCUAGCCACCCGGAACUGUUUGGUGGGAGGAGACAGAGGGGAGAACGGAGAAGAUCGAGGUGGCGAGCGGCAGAUCAAGAUCGCCGACUUUGGCAUGAGCAGAAAUCUGUACGCCGGCGACUACUACAGAAUCCAGGGCCGAGCCGUGCUGCCGAUCCGCUGGAUGGCCUGGGAGUGUAUUCUGAUGGGCAAGUUCACCACGGCCAGUGACGUGUGGGCGUUUGGAGUCACUCUGUGGGAGAUGCUGAGUGUUUGUCAGGAACAACCGUACUCCAACCUGACAGAUGAACAAGUCAUCGACAACGCCGGAGAGUUCUUCAGAGACCAGGGCAGACAGGUGUAUCUCGGGAAGCCGGCCGUGUGUCCGCAGGGUCUCUACGAGCUCAUGUUGAGCUGCUGGAACAGAGACUGCAAACUCCGCCCAUCGUUCGCCUACAUCCACUCCUUCCUUACCGAGGACGCCAUGAACAUGGUUUGAAGAGAAACGCAGGAAAGGUGGAGGGUGCACUUACAGGGAAUGUGGGUACUUUUUUUCUACACAGGUGGGGCUGAGAUGCCGCUGGUUCGGUCUUUUUUUUCCCACAUCAGACCCCCUCCCAAAUAAAGAGUUAUCUGGUAUUAUAGGUGACAGUAGGUGUUGGUGGUGGGUGCAGUCUGCAUAGAAACCUUAAUUUACUUUACAUCUAAACAGCAGUUAAAUCAUAUACACGAUGGCAAACAAUAAUGUCAAGGUACACCCCUAUUUUUUUACUGUUUUUGUUCAUUUGAUCUCAGCCCCAUUUCCUUUCAGUGACCCACAUCCACAGCUGUUUUUGUGGACGAAUGUGAAACCAUGAGGACCAGACAACAGCAGUCCCCUUUCUGGAUGUGAUCAUGCUGUUUGCCAUCUAGAAAUGUCUGAACUCAAUCUUUGAGAGAUCCAGAUGCACCUGACAGACUCCUCUGACCCGAGCAGAAUCUUCAGCUUCCAGUGAGACACAGAUCACAAACUUGAAGGGCUUUUCCAGGCAGAGACAGUGCUGGCCGUGGAUGGAAAAAUCUUCAUUUUUGGUCCUCCUCCUGUAUCUUGUUGUGACUAAAUCACAAAGGAAAGUCACGAAAUUCCGCAACCCGCUGCACUUUAAUAAUGCUAUCUUCCCCUAAUCAUUUUACUGCAAUAAUUAUGCUAAGAAAUCUUACAAGACAUCGGGGAUAACUCGCAUUGCCAAACCAAGAGAUGUAAAAUAUUGUUCACAUAAUGGAUUUAAUGGAUUGGCCUUUUUUUUUUACUCGCUCAAUCAUCUUCCAUCACCUGAAAGCAUCUUCAAGACAACACAUCAUCAGCUCUCAGCAGGAUGGAACGAUGGAGCAUUAAACCGACUGUGGCAGAACCGAUGUGUCUGCCAUACCGACCGUACCAUCAGCUUCAUGGACGAUCUCAGUGAUGCUCAAGCCGUUUGUUUGGCUCCUUUUUGAUACACUGUAGUUUCAUGGAAAUCUUUUUUUAUGUAAGUACUGACUCUUCAUGACGUCUGGUUUAGUCUUUUUGUGUCUGAAUCUGGACAUUGCAGUAUAUGUACAUAUCCUGAGCAAAGAAUAACAGUUUCCUGUACUAAUAUAUUAGAAACUCCCGUUCCAUUUUGGGCCUUCUUUCUUUCUGUAGAACGCUUGCUGCCUUCAUGCUGUUAUUAUUCACUGUGUUGUCUAUUUUUGUAGAUGUUUUAAUAAAGUAAGCCUUUUCAGAUAAUCAAAA